CUCUCUCUUUCCACUUGUCGAAUACCUCAAAUACUAUGCCACUGACCACCACCGGUCGCCUCGCACUGCUCGCUUUCUCAGAGUUUGCUCACAAAUUCGCCGUUGUGUAGUCAUCGUCUAAGUUAUCCGUUUUUCGGUCCUCUGUGACCAGACAGAUGAGAGUGAGAGCAGGCUCUAACACUACGAACCUUACUUUGCAAGGUUUCUGUGUCAGCUCUUCCUUUCCCGCUAACAAAAAGAAAGAUCACUUCAGCCUCUUCUCCACCUCGCUUCUAUAAAUCAUCCCAUUGCCCCUUCCCCUUGAGAUCAACUCCAUUUCUUUGGCCCUCUCUAGCUAGGCAAGACCAGAAGGAAGAAAAGAUCUCUCUCUCUCUCUCUCUCUCUCUCUCUAAGUUUAAGUUUAUGGACCCCAACAACGGAAACCUCAAUGCCUUUUCCUUCGAGUCCUUUUUUGAAGCUUGGUUGGUCCGUCAAAAACGCUACCUGGACGAGCUACUCUCGGCCCAACACAGCUCCCAUGAAGCUCGCCAAGACGAUCAUCGCGAGCUGAUCAACCGGGUCCUCUACCAUUAUCAGCAAUAUUACGAGGAGAAGUCGAGGGUUGCAAAGUGGGACGUGUUCCUCAUGUUCUCUCCCCCCUGGUUCACCGAUCUCGAGCGCGCCUUCUUGUGGAUCGCAGGCUUUAAGCCGAACCUCUUGUUCCGCCUCAUCUCGUCUUCCGUCAAUGACAUGACCGAGGACCAGAGUCAGAGAAUGGAUAGGCUGGUUGUGGAGACGAGAAUGGAAGAGAAAGCGCUCAAUGACGAGCUGGCAAAGAUCCAGGAGAGCCUGGGCGCUCCUUCUCUGGUCAAUGCGAUCAAAAGUUACGGAAGCACAGCUCGGGAUGGCGAGACGGCAGGCGGCGGCGAUGACUCGGUGAUUGGUGGGUUGAGGAGGGCCUUGGAGAAGGUGGUGGCGAAUGCAGACAUGCUGAGGGCUACCACCGCCGAGAAGGUGGCGUUAAUAUUGACCCCUGCUCAGAUGGUCAAAGUUUUGGCUGCCGUCGCCCAGCUCCAGCUCAAGGUCAGGAGCUUGGGCUUGCAGAGAUAUGCUGAGAGACAAAAUGUUGGGUAUUGAGAUUGUGAGCAUGGGAAGCGAGAUUUGCUGUGCACCACCGUUCUCUCCUUUUUGUGACUCAAUGGUUUGUUUUCAAGUUCCACGGAAUGGUAGGAGUGAGCAGGGGCCCAGGACUCAGGAUCACAGUUCCAGGAAAAGAGAUAUUGUAAAAUUGGAUACACUCGAUUCGAAACGCUCGACGGCGGGAACUA